GCGGCAUCCGUACAGCCUGGUGAGACACGAGCGCAAGCAGCGGUUUGAAUGUUCGGCGCGUUUUAACUGCAGCAAUUUAGUAACAACAGUGAAAGAAAACGCAGAAUGGCCUCCCCUGCCACAAGCAAUGAUGAGGGCGCGUUCAAGACCCCUAAAACCGUCCGUGUGAAGAGUAUUGGAAGCAAUGGAGGGACCCCAGUCACCAUCCCAGCUUCACCUUUCAUGAAGAAGUUGGGAUGUGGGACUGGAGUCAACGUUUACCUCAUGAACAGAAUGGGGAAGUUGAAUGCGUCUCCCUGGGCUGUCAAGAAGAUCAACACUAAGUGUGCAACGAAACAGGUGGCCGUAUACCAGAAGCGCCUGAAUGAGGAGGCAAAGGUCCUGAAGGGAAUCAAUCAUCCAAACAUUGUUGGGUUUCGUGCCUUCACCACGGCCAAAGAUGGAUCAAAGUGUCUGGCCAUGGAGUACGGAGGAGAGCAGUCUCUGAAUGACCUGAUAGAGAAGAGGAGGGAGGAUGGCCUGAAAGCCUUCCCUGCUGCCAACAUAGAAAAAGUAGCACUGCAUGUUGCGCGUGGCCUUCAGUAUCUUCACAAUGAGAAGAAGCUGUUGCACGGCGACAUGAAGUCAUGUAAUGUUGUCAUCAAGGGCGACUUUGAGACCGUCAAGAUCUGUGAUGUUGGUGUUUCUCUGCAGCUGGACGAGAACAUGAGAGUGUCAGAUCCAAAGGCGGAGUACAUCGGCACAGAGCCGUGGAAACCGAAGGAAGCUCUGGAUGAGGGAGGAGAGAUCACAGACAAAGCUGAUGUCUUCGCCUUCGGUCUGACUCUGUGGGAGAUGAUGACGCUGACCAUGCCUCAUCUGGAGAUGCUGGAGGAUCACAACGAUGAGGAGGAUGAAGAGGACUCGAUGGAGGAGAGUUUUGAUGAGGACGCCUACUACGAGAAGUUGGGGACGAGGCCGGCGUUAGAUGCUGAGGCUCUGGGCAGCUCGUACCAGCGGAUGGUGGAGCUUUUCUACCUCUGCACAGAGGAAGACCCCAGGAAGAGACCCUCAGCCUCCCAGAUCGUCCAGGCUUUAGAGAGCAACGCCCCGCUGGAUAAAACGCCCAGUGAGGUGAUAGUGAUUGAUUGACUGAUUUACACAACCAAUUCUGCAUUUUCAUCUUAGAGGUGCAAGUUAGGAAUAUUUAGGAUUCAGACUAUACUUUAUUUUAGAGAUUGCAGACCAUAUGAACACAACCUGAAUUCCUGCUAGUUCAUCCUAUUUACUAGUUUAUCUGGGAGGAUCUUUUGUACGCAUUAAUAUAUAAACUAUAUACGCUUCAGGAAAACCAUGUUGAGGACAUAGUUUGCCUAGACGCAGAAAAUAUCAGUUGAAUAGAAUGAGUGAGCUCCAAACGCUCACUAUAAUCCCUAUACUGUACAUCUUUAUCUGUCAUUUAUUUGGAUGUUGUCUUUGUGGUAUUUUCUUUUUCCUUCCCAUGUAUGUCAACUUUUAUUGUCUAAAUGUUUUUACAUUCUUUACCUCUUGAUUUUUCGUGAGUGUGUUUGUUUCUGCACUUGUAUAAACUUUGUUUCUUGGUCACUCGA